AUGCUAAAUUUAAAUAUUAUAGUUUUUCCUAUUUUUUACAUCUCCUUCAUCAUAAGCAUAACUAAUCAGCUAAGUAACAAUGGAAAAACACUUAAAAACUUGUUUACCCGAAUUAGUCAUGAAGUAUUUUCACAUGAACAAGUUAUAAAAAACAAAAAAAUAUAUAUUACACUCACUUCUGGUUGUCCGUUUGAUAAUGAAGAAAAAAAGAGUACAUUUGAUUGUGUCAGAAGAAAACUAUUUAAAUGCAGUGAAAAAUUAUUUAACACAUGGAGUAAGUACUUGUCUAGAAUAUAUCCCAAUGAAAAAAUAAAAAGAGAAAAAAUUUAUAAUGAAGGAGAUUAUUACAUAGUAGCAAAAAAAGGAAUUAAUGAAAAAUUGAACUAUAUCGAUCUGUCAUCUUUUAAUACAUAUUGUUCAUUUUACAAAUUAUAUGUAAGUGAUUUAGUACAUUUUAGUGAAAAAACUAUUGUACACAAUGAAACCCCCUAUCGAAAAACAAAAAUAAUGAAAAGGUAUUUUGUAAAAACAGAUCACUUAAAUAGCGACCCAUUGGAUGAAAACAGUUAUAUUUUUAUUUUAGGAUCGAAAAAAGAAAGCUUACAACUUGAAAAUGAAAAAUCACCACAUAGCAAAAUUUAUAUCACUGUAAAUAACAGAAUCCAUUAUUACUACGUUUCUUUUAUGAGCAAACAAUUAGAUCAUACCUUUUAUUUCGUAUUCAAUAGGGAUCAUAAUAAGGACGACAAUAAAAAUGGUACUAGUGACAGUUAUAUAUUUUAUAAAAAUGAAGUUAUACAACCAUUCCGAAUAGAUGGAAAUGAUUCUAAGACUUUUCCUUUCAAAAAGGAAAGUAUAAAUAAUGAUGAAACAAGAGACUUUUAUAUAAUUGAAAUUUGUCACACCUUUAGCGGAAUAACAUACAAACAAAAUAUAUAUGGUUUGUUGAGGAGGUUAUCUAUACUAUAUUUUAAUAUUGAAUUAGUUCCUUACACUUUUCAUUUACCACCAAUAUUUUAUCAUGUACUAAUAAUCCUUAUUUUUUCAUUAACCUUAUCCUACAUUUUUUAUAAGAUUUUUUUGAAGUAUAAAAAUUGUUUUUGA